GGCCGUGGAGCGGCCCGGGGCGAGCCCCGCGGAGCAGUCGGGCCCCCACUUUCCUGGCGCCCGGGACCAGGCGGGGCUGUGGGCACCCGCCGGCGGCGGAGCGGCGCCCCCGCCCAGGAGCAGAGCGGUCGCUACGAUCGCGGAGCAAGGAGGACGGAGCCCGGACCCCGCUGCCCGAGGAGACACGGGCUCAUCCCGCCUGCAAUGAGGGGAAACGCAGUGGUCCUUCCCGCCCGCAGACCCCGAGAAGUACAGCAGAUGGUACGGGAACAGUACACCACGACCACAGAAGGCACCCACAUAGAGAGGCCAGAGAACCAGUGCAUCUACAAAAUUGGCAUUUACGGCUGGAGGAAGCGUUGCCUCUACUUAUUUGUUCUUCUUUUACUCAUCAUCCUCCUCGUGAAUUUUGCCCUUACAAUUUGGAUUCUUAAAGUGAUGUGGUUUUCUCCGAUAGGAAUGGGUCACUUGCAUGUUACAGAAGAUGGACUUCGCCUAGAAGGGGAAUCAGAAUUUUUAUUCCCCUUGUAUGCCAAAGAAAUACAUUCCAGAGUGGACUCAUCUCUGCUUCUACAGUCAACUCAGAAUGUGACCGUAAAUGCACGCAAUUCUGAAGGCGAAGUCACAGGCAGAUUAAAAGUAGGUCCCAAAAUGGUAGAGGUCCAAAGUCAACAGUUUCAGAUCAAUUCCAAGGAUGGCAAGCCACUGUUCACUGUUGAUGAAAAUGAAGUUGUGGUCGGUACAGACAGACUUCGAGUAACUGGGCCUGAAGGGGCUCUUUUUGAACAUUCAGUGGAGACACCUCUUGUAAGUGCCGACCCAUUUCAGGAGCUGAGGUUAGAAUCCCCCACACGAAGUCUAAGCAUGGAUGCCCCAAAAGGCGUUCAUAUUAAAGCUCAUGCUGGGAAAAUCGAGGCCCUUUCCCAAAUGGAUAUCAUUUUUCAUAGUAGUGACGGAAUGCUUGUGCUCGAUGCUGGCACUGUGUGUUUACCCAAGUUGGCUCAGGGCACACGGGGGCCCGCUGACAGCUCACAGAGACUCUACGAGAUCUGUGUGUGUCCGGAUGGGAAGCUUUUCCUGUCUGUGGCUGGCGUGGGUACCACAUGCCAUGAACACAGUCACAUCUGCCUCUGAAGCACCUGCAUUUCCGUGGGGUGCCUGCUUCCUUUCAGUGAUUCAAAGCGCCCACCUCAAGCCUUCAGAUGUGACAUGCUGCGAGACCAAGGUGGCGGAUGGGAAGGAGGGGGAUACAUCUUCAAAAGGAACCCAGAAAGAAAAAAGUGACCAAGUGUUCAGAUGAAACCACGUGAUCUCAAAACGGCAUGUGGAUAUUAGACAAAAAAAGUCAGAUAUCAAAGAUUCUGCAGAUUCCACUAGAUUUCCAUCAGAACCAUUAUGACUUUUCAUUUUUCACAGAUUGUCAAUCUAAAUGCAAUAUAGAAUGGCCACGUAGAGUUCAUGAUGUUGAACUGUGGAUAUCAAACUCCCCAUUCAAGUAGCAUCGGUAAAUACUAAAAUGCCCCCAAAGUUCUAUGAGGUGUCUCCACUAUAUUACUCAAACCUGUAAGUUCUCUCUUCAUUUUUAAUGCAGUGUGUUAGGUUUCUCAAGACAAUCUUCAGGUUUUGAAGCAAUUUUGAGGUUGAUCUGAUUUUCAAUAUGUACUCAAUAAAUUACACAACAUUAAUCACGCUUUCUUUAUAGUCAAAGAGCAAUAAACAUAAGACUACAUUUUUCACAAA